AUACCUUUUCUCAACGUGAGUGAUCCAUCAUGCAGCGCAGCCAGCUGCUGCUGCCAGCAAGCAGUCACUCACGUUUCGCAGGCUAGAAUCGCCGCUAGAUACCUACGUUCCGUCCAGCAGCUAGAAAAUAUGUUGCUGUACGUAGUGAGGAUUGCGUCUGAACUCGGGAUCCUGGAGAGGCUGUGGCCAGGCCGCGUGGUUUGCAGCUUUUCGCUAGUCCUUACCGGAGUUGCCGACUGUGUCGGUGCAUCUGCUCCCAGGAAAACCGCCAACUGAUAUGAGGUGGUUGUCCUUGGUGCCUAUUAGCUUUGGUUCCUAUUGCCUUACCGUACAGCAGCAGUCCAUCAACAACCCAGAUCGCGGAGCGGCUUGGUGACGAAACCAGCUACCAUGAACUCCGUUCCCAUUGCUUCUGCCACCCCUGACCCGCGGGCCAGGGCCCCUUACGGCUCCUCUCAAACGGUGGAGAGCAGCAUGUACAGUGUGGAUGCGCGCCCUGCCGUGGGGGCUGCGGGCAUGCCGGCAGCCAGCUCUGCUCGCGCUGCAGCUGAUGAUGUGGACCACCGCAGGAGCGACCUCGCAGACCCUGCAGCACUGGGCCUGGCUGCCUUUGCAGCCACCACCUUUGUCCUCAGCGCACACAAUGCAGGCUGGGCGCCGGACCUGGCUUGGGUGGGGCUCGCUCUCUUCUACGGUGGCCUUGCUCAACUGCUGGCAGGCAUGUGGGACUUCCGCAACAACAACACGUUUGGCGCCACCGCCUUCAGCACAUAUGGUGCCUUUUGGUUCUCCCUGGCGUCCUUCAUCCUUUUCGUUGAGCUGGGCGUCUUUCCUGCCUCCCUCGACGUCAGCGAAGGCCUGGGCUGGUUCCUGGUGGCCUUCUUCAUUUUUAACACAUACGCCAUGCUGGGCAGCUUGUUUUUGGCCAAGGCCACGCUGGCAGUGUUUGUCACCCUGGAGGUCACGCUGCUCCUGCUCUUCGUGGGCUUCUUCAAGGACAAUACCGCGGGCGUGGGCUGGACCGCAGUGGGUGGCUACUUUGGCGUAGUCACCGCAGUGUGUGCCUGGUACAACAGUGCUGCUGUUCUGAUCAAUCGCGCAGCAACCGUCCACUUUAUGCCUGUCGGUGCCCCGGUGGUCGACAAGGAGAAGCUGCGCGCGUGGCAUUCGCGCCGGAAGAAUGUUCCCUCGGUUGACGAUACUUACACCAGCGACAAGAGAGACUCCUCCGUUUAGGAGAGGACGAGUUGCCCAAGUUAAGAACGAGGGGAACCGGCGUUGGAUCCAACGGUUGCAAUCAAAAUUUAGUGCCAUCCACAGGCAUCGAGUAAAUCGGUUUGCCGUAGAUUCUUGACCGGGUCGUUGGAUGCUAUAAGCAGCGUGGGUUGCUUGUGAGAGGGUGUCGUGUUGACCAACACUUGCAACCUAUCACGACCUGUACAAAAGGUAUGUAUGCGUAAGUAAAGCUGCAGCAGUUACGGGAAAGUUGACAGUCUGUUGGAUAUUAAAGAAAAAUUUUGCUUCUUAGUAUUAGGGGAGAGAGCCUAGAAAAGGUAGAUAGAAGGUUGGGUUGCAUGUGUAUGGAUGUGGAGAUGAGCUGCAAGGGGGACAACCGGCCGUCCGAGGAGGGCUCACAACUGUCCCUUCCUCGAAAGCUUGAAAGGACGUUCGACCUUACUAGCUAGCUAGUUGAAGUCAGUAAAUUGUGCUCGCACAACUUAGAUGUUUCGAUCUUUGGAGAGGCAAUUUAGAUCUGAGAGGUUUCCGAGCAAUUAUAUGAUAGUGAGCCUAGUUGGACGGUCAUGGGUAUGCUUGUAAAGUUUUGAAAGUCCAUUCAGACGGUGGGCAAGAGACUUGGCUGAUCAUUCAUAGGGUGUAUCGAUCACGUGCCAGGUCGUUUUCGAUGAGAUUGAAUUGUGAGUUCGUUGACUAGCGUGCACC